AUGCAUGGCAGGAAUGGUGAGCUGGGUGCUGUGUGCCAUGUGGCCCAUGCGGUGCACACAUGUGGCAACUGUGCCGCCAGCUGUGCAGCGGAAGAGGAAGGGGCCACCGUUGCCUUCACGAUGAAUGUGACGGCGCACAAAUACGCCGGCCCUUAUGAAUUGUGGUGGCGCCAAUUUUCCCCGACGGAACCAUCCAUCCGCCUGCACGGAGCGGCGAUGCUGACCGGACGGGCAUCUGUCGGUUGCCGCCACCCCGUGAAGGGAAGGAUGACACAAAAUCUGGUGGGACAACUGCGCCGCAAGUCAAUGCUGAGCCGUCACGUCAACACGAGGAUCGGCGACGGUCUGCGGCGGCUGACGGACCCAACACCGUCGAUCCGAGUCCCGCAUCCAACACGGCGACCAACACGUCCGAGGCGAGGCCUGAGUUUGCCAGCAAUCCGAACGAAGUGA